UAUCCACUAUAAAAUUAGCCUCCACUCCAUUCAAGCCAUCAUCCAGCUAUGGGCUCCAAAGCCACUCAUCUUCACAUGCUUUUCUUUCCUUUCAUGGCGCAGAGCCACUUGCUCCCUAUGGUGGACAUGGCCAAGAUCUUUGCCGCCCGAGGUGCCCGCGUCACCAUCCUCACUACUCCCGUUAAUGCCAGCAUCAUCCGCCCCAACAUCGAUGACUCUGUUCAUCUCCACAUCAUCCCUUUUCCCUCUGCCGAAUUCGGCCUCCCCGAUGGGUGCGAGAACCACUCCUUCAUUCUUCCUGAUGACCAACACACAAACUUCUUCAAAGCUACCUAUUCGCUUCGCCACCCUUUUGACUCUGUGCUUAGAGAUCUCACCCCCGACUGUGUCGUAACUGACAUGUUCUUGCCAUGGACAUACCAUGUUGCCAAUGCCAGAGGUAUUAUGCGGCUUGUCUUUCACGGCACAAACAACUUCGCAAUCUGCGCUAUGAGGGCUUUCAAGCAGUGCCGCCUACUAGCAGACAAGGAUGAGUAUUUUGUUUUUCCAGGUCUCCCACAUCAGAUAAAGAUGUUGAAAACCCAGGUCAUGGACUUUAACAAAUUAGCGGGAACACCAUUAGAGCUCAUCUUGGAGACGCUUAAUGAGGCGGCGGAGGUGGAAUCAAAGAGCUAUGGCACAUUAAUGAAUAGUUUUUAUGAGCUAGAGACUGAAUAUGCUGACCACUACCGCAAGAUAAUAGGAAGGGCGUGGAAUGUCGGUCCGGUUUCUCUAUACAACAAUGAGGUGACCAACAAGUCAGCAAGAGGUGGGGAGUAUCCAGUGUCUGUUUACGAGUGCUUGAAAUGGCUUGACAAAAGACCAACUGGCUCAGUGGUGUACAUGUGCUUUGGAAGUGGGAGCCUUUUCUCGGUUGAGCAGUUAAGAGAAAUGGCGCUUGGGCUUGAGGCAUCAAGACAUUCAUUUGUUUGGGUAGUGCGGAAUGAGGGUGAAGAUUGGAUUCCAAAGGGGUAUAUAGAGAGAAUCAAAGAGGUAGGGAUGCUGAUAAGAGGAUGGGCUCCACAACUAGUGAUACUAAAUCAUGCUGCGGUUGGGGGAUUUGUAACUCAUUGUGGGUGGAAUUCUAGUUUAGAAGGGAUUAGUGCGGGGUUGCCGAUGGUAACAUGGCCAUUGUAUGCUGAUCAGUUUUAUAAUGAAAAGCUUUUGGUAGAUAUAUUGAAGGUUGGGGUAAUGGUGGGCUCAAAGGUGAACACUUUUAAUAAAGAGACAAGGCCAAUUGUGGGGGCUGCGUCAGUGGAGAUAGCUGUUAGAAGGUUGAUGGAGAAUGGGAUGGAGGCAAAUGAGAGGAGGAGGAGAGCAAAACAACUUGGGGAGAUGGCCCAAAAAGCUGUGAAUGAGGGAGGCUCAUCUUAUGAGGAUAUAAAAAAAUUGAUGAAUGAAUUAAUGCAUCUAAAGAAGCAUUUGUAGCUUAGCUCGGGAAUUUUAUUUCUUCAUUUAAAAUUAAUGCCUAGUUAAUUUGUUUUUGUUA